AUGAAACUUUUAUAUAAGGAGAAUCCAAGGACUUUGGCUCUAUAUUCGGAAACUUACAGUUUAACAUUUCGAACUUUGACCAAAAAGAAUUCGGAAUCAACUAAACCAAUUGUCAACUUAGAAUUAGUUCCCAACACUCAGAUCACUAAAGAAGAAGGCUAUAAAACAUUACUCAAACGUGAAAUUUUUGGUUGCCUAGGUUUAAUAUACGAACUGAAUCAAAUUUUUUUGGCAGUUAUCACAGGUGCUUUGACUAAAGUUGCAACACCAAUUGCUAAUGAAACUGUUGAUAAAAUUUACUCAGUUGAUUUUGUAUCAUUGGACGAUAAUGAAUGGGAUUUUGUUGAAUUAGAUAACCUGGGAUAUCCAGUUUUAACGUCUGAUGAAAUGGAAGACGAAAGGUACAAUCGUGCACCACAUCCAUGUUUUGAAUUUAAGAAAUUACUUUCGAACGGUUCAUUUUACUACUCAAAUGAUUUCGACUUAACAUCAACUUUACAAACCAGGGGGGUCGACGAACAUAUGGAAAAUUUAAAUCAUUAUCAACCUCAAUAUAUGUGGAACUCCUUUUUGAUGGAUGAAAUGAUUAAAUAUAGAUCAAAUUUGGAUCAACAUAAUCAAUUAAUCUUGGAUGAUAAUAAAUUUUUAACUACUGUAAUUCGAGGAUUUGCAAAAACUGUGCCAGUUGGAAGUCAGGACUCAAUUACAAUCGUCUCGAAACAAUCAUGGAAAAGAGCAGGGACUAGAUAUAAUACAAGAGGUAUAGAUGAUAACGGUAAUGUUGCUAAUUUUGUUGAAACAGAAUUCAUAUAUUAUAACCCUACAAAAUCACAUAUAUUCACAUAUACACAGAUUAGAGGAUCAGUGCCGACAUUUUGGGAACAAGAUUCAAGUUUGAUUAAUCCUAAAAUAACAUUAACUAGAUCAUUAGAGGCAACACAACCAGUUUUCAACAAACAUUUUACAGAAAUUAAUGAAGCAUAUGGAGUAUGUCACAUUGUUGACUUACUUUCAAAAACAAAAUCAGCAGAAAUUCAAGUUUCAAAUAGAUAUAAACAACUAUAUAAUCAUUGCGAUCGAAAAAAGGAAAUUGAAUACACAGCAUUUGAUUUCCAUGCAGAGACAAAACAAGCUGGUGGAUUUGCUGGUGCUACAAAGAUUCUACCAUAUUUAUAUGAUUCUAUGCAGCAAUUUGGUUUUUUCUCAUAUGAUAUGAAACACGAGGAAGUUAUCACCAGACAAGAUGGUGUUUUUCGAGUCAAUUGUUUAGAUUGUCUCGAUCGUACAAAUUUAAUCGAACAAGUUAUUUCCAGGACAGUGUUGGAAAAUAUAAUCAAGAAUCAAUCAGAGUCUUAUGGAAAUCAUGGUAGAGAUUUUGCCAUGUUGGAGAAUAUCAUUCAAAGACAUAAUGCCUUAUGGGCAGAUAAUGGAGAUGCCAUAUCACAAAUCUAUACAGGCACAAAUGCAUUAAAAUCAUCUUUCUCUAGAUCAGGUAAGAUGAAUUUUGCUGGAGCACUAUCAGAUGUCACUAAAUCUGUUUCAAGAUUGUAUCAAAACACAUUUGUAGAUGGGAAAAAGCAAUCAACAAUAGAUUUAUUACUUGGUGUGGCUGGUAGAUAUUCUAAAAAAGUGAAAAUAUUUGAUCCUGCUAGUGAGUAUGUUAGUACCAAAUUGAAACAACAAUCACAAUUGUUUUCAACCGAAGAAAACAUUUCAAUUUUUACAGGUACUUAUAAUGUUAAUGCUUUAGAACCAUCAAAUAGAAUUGAUUUAACACCAUGGUUGUUCCCACCGGAAAAUGAAACAACACCUGAUAUAUAUGCAAUUGGUUUUCAAGAAUUGAUCGAGCUAAAUGCGGGAUCGAUUUUAAGCGCUGAUAUAUCCAAACCCACCAAAUGGGCAGCAAUUUUGAAUGAUCAAUUGAACUCUCAAAAAGAACAAUAUGCUUUGUUACGUACAGAAUCAAUUGCAUCAAUGUCACUAUUUUUAUUUGUUAAAAAAUCUUCUGUUCAUCAUGUGACUCAAGUAUCUGGUGCAUCUAAAAAGACUGGUUUAGGGGGGAUAACUGCAAAUAAAGGUGCUUGUGGGGUUAGAUUUGAAUAUGGUGCUACUUCAUUUGCAUUAAUCACAUCACAUUUAGCUGCAGGAACAUCGGCUACUGUUGAAAGAUUCAAUGAUUAUACCACAAUAAUGCAAGGUAUGACUUUUACAAGAAAUUAUUCAAUCCAAGAUCAUGAUCAUGUGAUUUGGUUUGGUGAUUUAAAUUAUAGAAUAAAUAUGUCAAAUGGUGAAUGUCGAGACUUGAUCGAAAAGGGAGCAUUUGAUGAUUUAAUAAGAAGUGAUCAAUUAACUUUGGAAAGAAGAGAUAAAGGUGCUUUCCUGGAGUUCAAUGAAGGAGUAGUUUUAUUUUAUCCAACUUAUAAAUUUGACAAAGCGUCUUCAAAUUAUGAUACUUCGGAAAAACAAAGAGUUCCUUCUUGGACUGAUAGAAUUUUAUUCUUAAGUACAAAGAAAAAAAGAAAUGAUUUGAAACAAUUAAAUUAUAAUUCUGUAAUGGACAUGCUUUUAAGUGAUCACAAACCUGUUUAUGCUACAUUCAAUUCUAAAGUUGAAUUUGUUGACAAAAUUAAGAAGGCUUCAAUGGCAAAAGAAUAUUAUGACGAAUAUAGAAAAGGACAUGGAAGUGAAUACGACUUGAUAUCAAUUGCAUCUACUACUCCCUCGAUUGCAUCAAGUAAAACAUCUGAUGAUAAUUUUAGGAAUGAUACUUUAACAGAUUUGAAUCUAUUAGACGAUUUUGAUUCAAAUGCUCCAAGUUUGCCAAGUAGACCAAUUAAUUUUCCAGCACCGAAAAGAGUUCCUCCUCCUCCAGCUAGUAGGAAAACUACCGCUGAUCAAUCAUCUAAUAUAGCAUCUUCAUCAUUAGCAUCUCAACCUAGAAAAUUACCACCACCGCCAGAUCAAUAUGUAAAUGGUGAUAAUCUUCCAAAACCACCACCACCUAGAAAAACCAAUUUAAACACUAAUACAAUUGAAACACCAGCUCCAGUCAAAGUUCCUUUCGGAUUUUCAUCAUCACCAUUAAUACCAAGUAGAUCAAACCUGGCUUCUUCAUCACCGAUUAGUUCACCAAAGCCAAACGUCAUAAAAUCUUCCACUUUAAGAUCAACCGAUACAGAUUCAUCAACUGCAUUGAAACCAAUGGUACCUUCAAAACCAUCAAAUUUAUCAUCAUCAAAAUUAAAAACUGUUAGCUCUGAAGAAAUACCAACAACCAAUUCCAUUAAUAAUAAGAAAGAAAAUGGAGUACCUUCACCAUCUUUACCUCCUGUUAACCAAUUUUCCAGGGGAAUAUAUUUAAGUUCAAUUUAUAAUAGCAAUGGAGCAAAUAUAAUGAAUUCAACUUUGGAUGGACUACACAAAGUAACAUCCAUUGAUAGUAUCGAAGAUGAUUCUAAUAUUAAUUCAAGAUCUUCAUUAGAUAACCCUAGCAUUUUAAAAAAAAUAUCAUCACCUAUAAUAUCUGAUUUACCGAAUAUUUUUAUUAAUUUAAGGUCAAAUGAUGAAGUUAAGUCUAAUGGAAGUAAUGGUAGAAGUUUUUUAAAAAAAAUUAUAAGUGGGAAUAAUAAAUCAAAUGAAAAUUUAUCAAAUGGUUCCAAUCCUAGUUUCGAUAAUUUGAAAGUUGUCUCAAGUGGUGAUGAAGUACUGGAUUUACAUCCUGACAUUUCAAAAUCUAUUGGUCAUGUCAAAAUACCUCAUAUAUUUGAUACUGAAGGAAUGCCAUUGUUAAAAGUAUCUCAUAAAUCAAAGAAAAGGAUUUUAUUAUUUAUUGAUCCUACAAGAUUUAUUUUCAGUUGGAAAUUAGCAUCUUCAAUGAUAUUACAAAAUAAUAGAAUAUCAGCUCAAAGAAUUCAUGAAUAUACUUUAGAUGAUAUUAAAUUUUUUUACACUCAAAAUCAAGGAUCAAAUUAUAGAGAAGAAUUAAGAAUUUCAAAAGAAUUUGAAAAUAAAUGGAUGACUAUAAUUUAUUAUGAUCAAAAAAAAGGGAAAUUAAAAAUGUUACAUCUAAUAGCUGAUACUGAACAUGAUUGUAAAAAAUUAAGUUCAACUAUAAUUAAUUUAAAAGAAUUGAGAUAUCAUUUAGCAAAAGAUUUUUUAGUUGAUUUAAAAGAUUUAGAUGAAUCUCAUGUUAAAUUAAUUUUGAAUAGAGAUGAAAAUCAUAAACAGAUUCGGGAUUCGUUAACAUUAAAUGAUAUUUUAAAAUAUGCCAAAAGGUUGAAUAUUAAUAUUAAUCAAAAAUAUUUGGAAUUAAUUUAUGAUCAAGUUUGUGAAUCUGAAUCAGGAUUAAAUUUUGAUCAAUUCAAAAAAUUUAUAUCGAUUUUGAAACAAAGAGAUGAUUUAUUACAAAUAUGGGAAUCAGAAUCACAUCAUAAUUUAAAAGGAAUGAAUUUUGAAAAUUUUCGUAAUUUUUAUAAAAAAGUUCAACAUGAAAAUGGUGAUGAUGAAACAAUCAAGGUUAUAUUUGACAAAUUUGAAACUGAUGGAUAUUGGUCAGUUGAUGCAUUCAACAAUUAUUUGUCAUCAAAUUUAAACAAUCCAAUAUUAAAUGUUGAGAAUGAAAAUUAUUUCAAUUAUCCAUUGACGGAUUAUUAUAUUUCAAGUUCACAUAAUACAUAUUUGACUGGUAGACAAGUAGUAGGAGAUUCUUCAAUAGAUGGAUACGUCAAAGCGUUACAAAGAGGAUGUAGAUGUAUUGAAAUUGAUGUGUGGGAUGGACUAGAAGAUGAAUCUAAUGGAGAAGAUUUUGAACCUAUAGUCAAUCAUGGAAGAACAUUCACUAAAUCAAUUAAAUUUUCAAAUGUAAUUAGAACUAUUCAAAAAUUUGCAUUCAUUACUACACCAUAUCCAUUAAUUAUAAGUUUAGAAAUUAAUUGUUCAUCUAAAUUUCAAUUAAAAGUUGUUUCAAUAUUAAAAGAUAUUUUAGGAUCAAGUUUAAUAACAACUCCAAUAAAUAAUCAACCAAUCAUUCCAUCACCUGAAGAAAUGAAACAUAAAUUUCUAAUUAAAGCUAAAAAGACAAGUCCUUUUAAUCAAUUAAUUGAAACUGAAGGCGGAAGUUAUACUACAUCAUCAACUACAACUACAACAUCUUUCAGUGAAGAUAAUGGAUCAUCAUCUAAAUCUUCAAGUAUAAAUUCAGCUUUUAGUUUUAAAAGAAAAUCAAAAGUUCCAAAAAUAAUUGAUCAAUUAAGUGAAUUAGGUACAUAUAUUCAAGGAAUAAAAUUUAGAAAUUUUUCAUUACCUGAAUCCAAAAUUUAUAAUCAUUGUUUUUCAUUAAAUGAAAAAACAAUAAAUAAUAUGUUAAAAGAUGAAAUUAAAACUAUGUCAUUAGAUAAACAUAAUAAAAAAUAUUUCCUAAGAGUUUAUCCAUCAAAAAUGAGAUUAAGAUCAACAAAUUUUAAUCCUAUAAAUUAUUGGAAACAUGGUGUUCAAAUGGUUGCAACAAAUUGGCAAACUUAUGAUUUAGGUCAACAAUUAAAUGAAGCAAUGUUUGAAGGAGUUAAUAAAAAAGGUUAUGUUUUAAAACCUAAAGAGUUAAGAAAACCAACAAUUAAAAAUUCAAAAUUUUAUAAAUUAAUAAAACCUGAUAUUGAAAAAAUUAAAUUUGAAAUUGAAAUUAUAAGUGCUCAUCAAUUACCUAAACCAAAAGAUUUAAUUGAUGAUGUAAUAAGUCCGUUUAUAUCAUUUGAAAUUAUUGGAGCUGAUUCAGUUAAUUGGGAUCAUGAAUCAAUGACACAACAAAAUACUUUCAUGGUUUCAAAUAAUGGAUUUAAUCCUAUUUGGAAUGAGAAAUUUAGUGGUAUUAUAUCUGGUUCAAAAGAUUUUAUCUUUGUGAAAUUUAUAGUAAAUUCAAUUUUACAAGAUAAGUCAGAUAUUAUACCAUUAGCUAUUUCAGUAGUUAAAUUAAAUUAUUUAAAACAAGGUUAUAGAUAUUUGUUUUUAAAUGAUUUAUUUGGUGAACAAUUAGUUUAUUCUUCAUUAUUUGUGAAGAUAUCUUAUGAACAUAUAUAG